CCAUCGUUCACUUAAAAGAUCUCUUUUGACACUAUAGUGAGGAAAACUCAGCUUUAGAAGUAUAAGUAAUUUUAAUCCUCUAGCAGUGCUGAAUUCUAAUUAAGAGUGUUGUUACAGGAACACUGUUAAUGCAAGAAACUUUCUUCUUUUUUCUUUUCACGUGAAUUUAAAUUGCAAGGAAAGUUGCACUAAGUUGGAACACUCAGGGCAGCAGGAAAAACCAAUGUGUUUUUAAUAACAGUUGACAUUCGAAGACUCAGAAAUCAGCAUUUUCCAAAAGUCCUGCUAAAUACUGUGUGUUUUUUGCUCUCUUUGUCUUUUCCCUUCCCUGUGUUAUGAAAGCUGAGAGAAUGAAAGGAGGCAUUUGCAAAGUCACCGUAGGUACUGGUAGAUCUGACUGCACCAAAAGUACUGUCAGAUAAAUAAAUAGCUGUGACUUAAUGCACGUUGUUAAAUUGUUAUUGGGGUUAAAUAUUAAAAUAAUGGGUAAAGUUAUUUCAAGACUUGCAUGCAGAACUAUCUGCCUUAAUUUGUAGCAUCUGUGUGAGAGUGUGGUCUUCAUGGAUAUCCGUUAUUUAAGAAAAUAGGCAAACAUUUUCCUUUGUCUGACUCAAUUGACAGCUCAGGUGUCCUGCAUAAAGUUGAGGAAGUAAAAGCAGUAACUCUUUAUUACACAAUGUAUACCAGACUUUCCUGGUUUGUAUUUUGUGUGUAUCUCCAGAUUGAGUUACACUUUGUGACUCAGCAUUCUAGGGCAUGAAAAAUACUGUAUUCAAUGCAUGCAAAUUCCAUGCUUUCUUUGUAAGUGUGGGAAGUUCAUAGGCAAAACCUGGCUGUCUUACAGCAGAUUUUUAGAGCAUCGUCUGUGAUGGGGAAGUAAUGAUUUUACGCAAAUACAUAACAAUGGGUAAAAAUAAAGUGAGUUAGAUAACAAGUGAAAGUUUAUGGGGAGGAUAGAACAGCUAAAGUGGAAAAGGAAGGAAGAAGGCAGAAGGGGGGUUUAAAAAAACCAAACAGUUUGGGAGUUGUGUGAGGGCAGGAGAUAUUGAACAGUGGAUCUUCCAAGUAGCAUACUUGGAAGACCUUGUGCUUGUAUCUCGGGGGGGGAGGGAUCAACCCCCCCCGAUCAAACAUGGGAGUGUUUCAUUCAGAAAACCCAUCUCCGGAGAAGGCAAAUUGAAGGUUAUUUUUAUUUUAACUUCUUCCUUCUUCCUAUUUAUAGAGAAAGAGGAAAUAAAAUGAAACAAAUGCUUAAAGCCAGGCCUCAUUAGGAGAGAGUAUUUAGGCUUUUAAGUUAUGUGAUCUUCUGAAAUUUUAACCCGACUUGUGUUUCUAAAGGUAUGCAGAUAUUGCUCCACUCAGUGUUGCAAUGUUUAAGUGAUUUACGUGCAGUCUUGUUUUUUUUCAGAAGUAAUUGAGAGGUUGGCAAUGUACAGAUUUUUAUCAAGAAUUAAGAUGAACAUAAAUCACUUGAAAAUGAAGCUUUGUCAUCUAAAUUAUUAAGGGCUGGAUUUACAAAGGUAUUCAGAGUCAAUACGUUGUAUUUUCAGGGCUUCUCGCUUCUGUAUAAGUUAGCCUUUCCAAAAGACAACAAAGAAGUGAUCCCCAAACAUGUGCUAGCUGUUAAUUUUGGAUAUUUAUAACUCUUAGAAACAAAAUCCAAAAUGGAAAAAUGCCUUUACUUCUGGUUGCACUGAGUUGCAUUGAAAACAUUUUGGGAUAAGAAAGGAGCUGGACUUUCAAGCUUCCUGUGUUUCUAUGUACAUUUUUUUUCUAAGAGGGCGAUAGUUCAUUUUAGUACUGUGUUGUUGCAAAACUCUCCUAAGCAUGUGAUUACAGCCAAAUAAUAAUAACUUUAUAAUUGUAAACCUCGCUGUGUUAUUUUGGGUGAGGUAUGGGGAAAGAAGAUAACGCUUUUGUGUUGUUUUGCCACUGUUAUGUGUGCAUUCAUUUUGGAGGGUACCAAAAGUUAUUCCACACACAGUUAACAGUUUGGAGCCCGAUCUGGUGAGGGCAGCCAGCCCAUGGCAGGGGCUGAGGCUGAAAGGCCCCUUCCAACACAGCCACUCUGUGAUUUGACAGUGGGCAGUUUAUUGAUGCAUACGAGUUUGAUAAAUAGGGCCAAGGUACAGGCAGGCUGCCUUCCAGUGAUACUGUCUCUAAGGGAGCACCUUUGCAGCACUGUAGGACACCAGAACUGCACUUGAGCUGCACAUGGCAGCUGAAAACUAAAUCCAGCCCUCCAAUGUCUUGUACCUGUAACUUAAUGACAGCUCGAUCCUCUCUUUGUUGCUAAAUGCUCAGUGAUCUCUGGUUCAAGGUCUCAAGUGAGGACAGGAUCUUUUUUAACAGUUAGAACAAGGGGAAGGGCGGUGUGUUUGCACUUUGGACAUUUCUUUUUAAUUAUAAGGUUGUGUAUAACAAAGCAACGACACCAGUUUGUGUGAGCAAACACUGGGCCAGCACUGUGUUGUGAAACCUUCAGCAGUCUGACAUGCAUGUGGACGUGGUGCACACCAAUAAAACAGCCCUGAGCACUUGUAAAGUGAACUGGAAACAGGGUGAUGAGAGAAGCUGUCUUCUGGAGAUUCAGAGCAUCUGAAAAUUCACAAAACCACAUAAAUGACACAGAUGGGGAAGCCCCACAUAGCUCACAGCAGUCUCGGCUACCCACCAACCCCCUUCUCUCCUGUGGCGGAAAGUGUGUUCAGGCAGAGGUUCCAUCCUCCUUCCCAUUCAAGCAGCUCAUGCAAGUUGCAGUGCAGAAGGUGGAUAUUAUGAAGUUACUGAGCUGUCUGCAUGUGGAACACCAGUACUCACACAUAUUCACUGUGACAGUAAGGAAAGCCACAAAUGUCACAAAAGGAGCCAUUGGUGACAUGCUUGACACUCCAGACCCCUAUGUGGAACUGUUCAUCCCUUCCGCUCCUGACUGCAGGAAGAGAACUAAACAUUUCAAUAAUGAUGUGAAUCCUGUGUGGAACGAGACUUUUGAGUUCAUUCUGGACCCCAACCAGGAGAACGUUCUUGAGGUUACUUUGAUGGAUGCCAACUACGUUAUGGAUGAGACUCUUGGUAUGGCCACAUUUCCUAUAUCCUCUCUGAAACUGGGAGAGAAGAAGGAGGUCCAAUUAACUUUCAACAAUGUUACAGAAAUGAUUUUGGAGCUGUCUCUUGAAGUGUGCUCUUCAACUGACCUCCGGUUCAGCAUGGCUCUGUGUGACGAGGAGAAGAAAUUCCGGCAGCAGCGGAAGGAAAAUAUCAUGCAGAGUAUGAAGUCAUUCCUAGGAGAGGAAAACAGCAAGAACUUGACCACUUCCCGUGACGUACCAGUGAUAGCAGUACUGGGUUCAGGAGGUGGAUUUCGUGCCAUGGUUGGGUUUGCUGGAGUCAUGAAAGCGCUUUAUGAAUCAGGAGUUUUAGACUGUGCAACUUACAUCGCUGGUCUUUCUGGAUCCACGUGGUACAUGUCAACUUUGUAUUCACACCCGGAUUUUCCAGAAAAAGGACCAAAGGAGAUUAAUCAAGAAUUGAUGAACUCCGUCAGUCACAACCCGCUUCUGCUGCUCACUCCUCAGAAAGUCAAACGCUACAUUGAAGCACUGUGGAAUAAAAAAAGCUCAGGGCAGCCAGUCACCUUUACUGAUAUCUUUGGAAUGCUUAUAGGUGAAACGCUUAUUCAUAAUAGAAUGGACACCACUCUGAGUGACAUGAAGGAGAAAGUCAAUGAAGCACAGUGUGCUCUUCCACUCUUUACAUGUCUCCACGUCAAACCAGAUGUCUCAGAGCUUAUGUUUGCAGACUGGGUGGAAUUCAGUCCGUAUGAAAUCGGUAUGGCAAAGUAUGGCACUUUUAUGUCUCCUGAUUUGUUUGGAAGCAAAUUUUUUAUGGGAACAGUGGUGAAGAAAUACAGUGAAAAUCCUUUGCAUUUCUUGAUGGGUGUCUGGGGCAGCGCGUUUUCUAUAUUAUUUAACAGAGUGCUCGGUGUCUCCAAUUCUCAAAACAAAGGUCCCACCAUGGAAGAAGAACUAGAAAAUAUUAGACUAAAGCACCUUGUAAGUAAUGACAGCUCAGACAGUGAAGAUGAAUCACAGCAUCCAAAAGGCACUGAAAAUUCAGAGGCAAAUGAAGAGUAUCAGAACAGCAGCCAAGAAAGCUGGGUGCAGCGAAUGCUGAUGGCUUUGGUGGGUGAUAGUGCCCUUUUCAAUACCAGGGAAGGACGUGCUGGGAAAGUGCACAACUUCAUGCUGGGAUUGAACCUCAACAGCUGUUACCCACUGUCUCCUCUGGCAGACCUCCUGACUCAGGAAUCUGUGGAAGAAGAUGAACUUGAUGCAGCCGUUGCAGAUCCUGAUGAGUUUGAGAGGAUAUAUGAGCCACUAGAUGUGAAGAGCAAAAAGAUUCACAUUGUGGACAGUGGUCUUACAUUUAACCUUCCAUAUCCACUUAUCCUAAGACCUCAAAGAGGAGUUGAUCUCAUCAUCUCUUUCGAUUUUUCAGCAAGGCCAAGUGAUUCCAGUCCGCCUUUCAAAGAAAUUUUACUUGCUGAAAAAUGGGCCAAAAUGAACAAGCUUCCUUUCCCAAAAAUAGAUCCAAAUGUUUUUGAUCGAGAGGGCUUGAAGGAGUGCUAUGUUUUUAAACCAAAGGAUACCUCUUCAGAGAAGGAUUGCCCAACUAUAAUCCAUUUUGUACUGGCAAACAUCAACUUCCGGAAGUACAAAGCUCCAGGUCUUCCAAGAGAGACAAAGGAAGAGAAGGACUUUGCUGACUUUGACAUUUUUGAUGAUCCUAAUACACCAUUCUCUACCUUCAACUUCCAGUAUCCCAAUGAGGCUUUCAAGAGGCUUCAUGAUUUAAUGGAGUUCAACACCCUCAAUAACUUAGAUGUGAUCAAGCAGGCUAUGAUGGAAAGCAUUGAAUACAGAAAGGAAAAUCCAUCUCGCUGCUCUGUGUCACUUAGCAGUGUUGAAGCAAGGAGAUUCUUUAACAAGAACAAUCUUAACAACAACCACACGUAGAGAAUGUGCCAUAGGUCUGCUGCUUCAAGAAACUGAUUCUAUCUUUAUAACUGGAUUCAGAAAGACAUUAUGAGAGCAACACUUCUCUCGAGAAAAAGAGCUGUGCUCAACUCCUGAAAACAUUUUCUUGUGAAUUUUCAAUAUUAUUUUGUAUUUCCUUUUUUUUUUUUAACAUUUAAAGCAUUUCAGUAUAUUGAUAUUCGUAUUUUGAAAGCUAUGUACGUAUGUUGGUAUGGCUAUAAAGUCACUGAGUUUAUUGUCUUUAUUUUUUAUCUUAGGAAAGUGUAAACACUGGUCUCUCUUAGUAGGACAAUUGUCUCAUUUUUAAUUGAUAUCAACUGGCAUCUCCUGAAAUGUGAGGUGGAAUUAGAAACAACAGAAUAAAAGUUUACUAGCAGAGAUAAUGCAGAUGAGUUCCUUACCAUGGACCCUGAUUCCAUUCAGAUUGCAUCAGUGAGAUUUCCUUCAGCUUUACUUUAGAAAGUCAAUAAUUACUAAUACUGUUCAGUGCACUUCUCUUGAAUGUAACUCACUUGACUGCUUGUUAUUGCUGUUAAGAUUGGUUUCUUGUACUGGAAGGGGUUUUGCUUACCCAUAACCAUUGGAUGUACUGACCUAGCCAAAACUCCGUCAUCAAGCUAUGUUUCAUGUGUUGCUUUUCUUGACUGAGUGGCAAACAGCAAAUGUUUGGUAACAAAUGCCUGUCAAAAAAAGCGAGAUCUGUACAACUUUGAGAUUAUAAGUAGGGUGUUCAGCUGGUUAUUAAUCUUAGUAGAGCUUUCGUAAUGGUUAUUUGAAAGGAUCUGCUCUUGAAUCUUUGAGUCGCAUAUGUGUUCACAAAAAUCAAAGUCUGCUUGACUGACACUUAAGAAUACAUACAUCCAUCAAGGACAGGAAAAAAUAAAGCCAGCUUUUUACAUUUCCUUUUUCUCUCUUGUUCCACAAAAUCACAGUGCUUGAGGUUUUUUUAGCUGGUAGCACCUGUAUGUUAGGUAGUUUUCAGUUCACAAAUUUCUACACAAAUUGUUUCCAGAUAAAUUAAAAUGAUUUUGCAUGUCAUGAUUAAAAGCAUAACAUUUCUGCAAAGGAACAGUGGCAGUGUUUACUAGGGAUAAAUAAAAUAUUCCUAGGUAAGAAUGUGAAGUAGUUAAUCUGCUAAGGGUUGUGUUUUGAAGUCUAUUUUUAGUACUUCCGAUAAUGAAAGACUGCAAGUUAGAUACAGGUUAUUUGAGUACCAUCUGAAAAAGUGAUGAAAGUCUUCAUAGUAAAUGUAGUUAAGAAGUAAAUAUAGAGAAAAAUAUAGUCACACUUGAAAGACUUCCAGCCUCCUUUGAAAUAAUGUAAUCAGCUUGUAUAUAACAUAGAAAAGAGCAGAAGGAGCUGAUGGGGCCACUGGUGGCACACAUGGGAGCAAGAAGCAAGAGCUGCACAUUUGAGAAGUGCUUGUCUGGCUUCUCUUUGCAUCUCUUUAAUUUCACGGGAUUAACACUCAGCAGGUGUACCUGGCAGUCCCAGCAAUUUUUUGUCAGCUGUUCUCUUGUGGAGUUUGGAGAAGGCGACAGGGACUGAACAGUGUGGCUAAAGGUGGACUUACUGUCUCUGAAGUUCAGUGAAGAGCAUAAAAAAGAUAUUUGUAGAGAUUUGGACAAAAACCGUCCUCAGCUAUGCUGUGAGUUGCUUGACCGUCAGCAGAUGGAGAAGAAAAGCACACUUUAGGAAUUUCACUGCAGUGAAAACAAGGCACGUAAUUGAAGUUGUUUGCAGGAGUGUGGUCAGAGGGCACGAGUAUUUCCUUGCAAGAGUUUUAAGGGAGGUUUUGGUCUCAAGAUUUCUGUUGACUCUAACAGACCCCCUUAUCAGUCUGAGGGGGCCUUCAGUAUCCUAGCAGACACAGAGGCAGUCAUCACAAGGAAUAACAUCACUUUGAGUAAAGACUAUUUGAAGCAGGUCUGAUCUUGUUUGAUAGUUUUCUGACAGAACAACUUUUACAGUAACUGCUCAUUUAUCAAAAUUUGUGCUAAUUCAGUGACUACUCAUUUUAUUGUGAAUAGCUUAGAUAUUUUUUAAUUGCUAAAAUUUCUAAGCCUAUGAGAAGGAAAGUAAUUAUAAUAUGUAAUAGGUACUGCAUCAUCUCUCCUUAAAUCUGCGUGCGAUGCUUGGUGAUUAAUAACACUUUCUGCAUUGAUUAAUAGGUUUCGUUUCUGUUUGAAUUAAUGCAUGUUUAAAAUCAAGAACAAAAAUAAAAGUAACUUAUCUUAGUGCUGCAUAAUUUAAACAUUUUUUCCAAUAAAUUUUGCAGUACAGGAAGAAACUGGUACCAUGAUUUUAUUGUAAUUUUUUCUUUGUAUUUUUUUUUCCUUCUGCUAACAUGAGUGUUUUUAUAUUUUUUACCUUAUAGUAUGUACUUUCUCUGUUUUAUGGCAGUGUUUUAUCAUGCGUUAUACAGUUU